GGGUAAGAUUUUUUAACAUGCCACUUAAUAUGCUAUAGUUAGGCACUCGUGUAUAUUGCAUGGAAGCAAUUCAAGUCGAUUGCAGUGUCAACCGAUCAGAGUCAAAUAAGAAACUGUUCUCAAUCCACACACACACACUUUUGUUUUUCAUUGGCUGGACCAAAACAGCUUUUUGUCCAACAGAUAUGGCCAAAGCAAAGUGGCAAGGAGCCUGUCUGAAUCAUGACCAAGGAAUGUGGGACAAGGCAGUACAAACACAUAGAGCAGGACUAACCGUUUCCAGGCUGCUCUCUUCUUUUUGUGGCAGAAACAAGUAAUUGCCAAAAGAUUUUAUUCCGUCAUGUUUAACCAUUUAAAGUACACUUGGGUUCUAACCAAGGAGACAAACUAUUUUGUACCAAUCUUUGAGAGAAGAUAAGCUAUGCUUUGAAGUUACAGUGCAGCUGUUUGGGGUAUCAAAAUAAGAAUGAAGUAACCUCCAGACUGAAAACCUUUCUGCAGUAUUUAUAUACACCAAGAUACUGAUAGUACAGUAUUACUGGCAUACAUGGGGUUAAUGCAAUGCUUCGAUUUUUUUUUUCUACAAAGUUAUUACUGGCAUUCCUGGGGUUAAGGCAAUGCUCAGAGUCAUUUUUUUCUACAAUGAUAUUACUGGCAUAACUGGGGUUAAUGCAAUGCUCAGAGUCAUUUUUUCUACAAUGAUUUUACUGGCAUAACUGGAGUUAAUGCAAUGCUCAGAGUCUUUUUUCUACAAUGGUAUUUUAGGCAUACCCAGGAUUAAUGCAAUGGUCAGUGUUUUUUUUCUACAAUGGUAUUACUGGCAUACUUGGGGUUAAUGCAGUUCUCAGAGUCCUUUUUUACUUUGGUAUUACUGACAUACUUGGGGUUAAUGCAAUGCUCAGCGUCUUUUUUUCUACAAUGGUAUUACUGGCAUAUCUGGGGUUAAUGCAGUGCUCAGCAUCUUUUUUUCUACAAUGGUAUUACUGGCAUACCUGGGGUUAAUGUAAUACUCAGAGUCUUUUUUUUCUACAAUAGUAUUACUGGCAUAACUGGGAGUAUUGCAAUGGAGAGUACAUUUCCUGCAGUGGUGUUACUGGAAUGUCUGAGGAUAAUUUCUUAGAAUGUAUUUGUUGUAUGGGGAAGCCACAAUAUUUAACCUGUAGCUUAUUAAUUGUUGUUGGACUACAGCCAUUAAAAAAGCUGAAGAGCCCCAAGCAGCAAACCCUUGUGGUCUCAUCCCACACAUAAAUAAGUCAUGUGCAUAUUUUUGUUAGAAGCACCACAUUUGCUUUAUAACACUACAUACUUUUCUGCCAGCUUGGUUGGUCUGCAAAGUGUGUGAUUUGCCAAAAGGUUUAUUUACCCUUUAAAGCCAAAAAGUUUAUCGAGUGAGAAUCUUUCAUGCAGAAUGCACUUUAACCCAUGAACAGCUAGCUUUUUCUGAUAAUAGGUGAAUGAACUUAGUACAAGCCUGUUUAAUAGUUAGAACAAUGCAGACAUUUACAGUCCCUCCCAUUCAUAUGAUGGAACAGCCUGCUGACUGGGAAGCCCAUCCCUUCUCAUAUAGUCCAUAAUGAUACUGUCCCUCUGAUUGGUUCUCUGGCAGUGGGUAGGGACUUAUAAUGGAAGCGAGACUAUAAAUAAUAUUUGAAUAUCCUGCCCUGGAUCGAGGAGAGCAAAUGUCACCACAAAUUGAAGGCUCUGCUCACAGCUCUGAACUGAGGAUCAAUGUCCCCUGGGGAUACCUGGCAGCGAAAUCUUGGGGCCCGCGGGAGGGAAAGCUUGUUCUCUGCCUGCAUGGCUGGUUGGACAAUGCCAGUUCCUUUGAUAAGCUCAUCCCAUUGCUUCCACAAGGUUAUCAUUAUGUGGCACUGGACUUCACUGGACAUGGAUUAUCUUCCCACAAGCCUCUAUGGACUAAAUAUGACUUUAUUGACUUUGUCAUAGAUGCUUACAAGGCUUUGAUGGCUUUAGGAGGAGAAAAGGUGACGGUGCUGGGACACAGCCUUGGUGGUCUGGUGGGGACUUUACUUGCCAGCACAUACCCAGAAAUAAUAGAAAAUGUCAUUCUUCUGGAUACCUAUGGAUUCUACCCUCAGAUUCCGCACAUAUUUAUUAAACAUUUCAAAUACAGCGUUCUCAACUAUGUCUACACAGAUGUCACCCAAGCCAAAAAGACAUAUACUCCUGAUGAUGCUCUGCAGAGGUUAUUAAAAGCCAACAAGGCUUUGACAGCAGAAUCAGGCAAAAUUCUCCUCCAACGUGGAACUAAAGAAAUACCAGAUGGAUUGACCUUCACGCAUGAUCCCAGAAUCUCUUUGAUGUCUAUGCCACCACUGACCUUGGAGUACUGCUGCCACAUGAUGAAGACUAUACAAGCCAAUGUCCUAGCCAUCAUAGCCAGUAAUGGAUUAAUGGCUAAGAAAGGGAAAAUGUUUGAUCCAGAAGAUGGAAAAGUAUUACUAAGAGGAUGGCAAGAAAACAUUAAGUGCUUCCAGCUUGCCAAUGUGAAUGGAAACCAUUUUGUGCACUUGAACAAUGCGGAAAAUGUGUCUGGGAUUAUCAGUAGCUUCCUACAGAAGAAACCACAUUACCACUCAAAGCUUUGAAGUUUCAUAUCAACAUAUUCACAUACAGCUUUCACAGUUCUGAGUCAUCUGACCAUUGGCAUUGCACUCCUAUUAAUACUAUUUGCCCAUAUCCCUGGACACAUUCUGGCCACUAGCUGCUUGUCUGAACUACACAGACUAUUGCAUAUUCCUAUGGUAAACAGUUAGGGGCUGAUUUACUAAAAUUCAGGUUUCUAUUUUUUCACAAAAAAAUAGUGGUUUUUUAUUUCUCUAAAAUGCUAAAAAUUUGAGAAUUACUAAAUGU